CGAUGUAAAUUGACCUUGCGUGACCAAAGACGCACAACAAGUCUAGUCGUUGUAACAUAGGUUCAUGUUGCUUUUAAAAAUAUAAUUCAUAUCUGUGUUUUUCCUGCUUUAAGUAAGACUUUGAACAAACUUCAUCUGUGGACUGCAGUUCCGCACUUGAGAGUCACCAUGGAUUGGCGAACGACUGUAGUUACUCUUUGUUUGGUGCUCUACGUUGAUGGAUUUUCCAAAUACGGCCGCACGUGCAAGGAUAUCGGGUGCCUAAACAGCGAAGUAUGUGUGCUAGCUGAGGACCCGUGCUCGUACGGCCAAAGUCGAGAUUGUGGCACAUACCCCACGUGUAAGAAGAAGUCAAAAGUUGAAGGAUCUCAUGCAGAACCAGCACCACCAGCACCUAGGCCUACAACACCUAAACCUCCCAUGAGAGACUUUGACAGCCCUCCUCACUACCCACCCCCUGCACCUCCAGGCGGCCUCUCGCCGUACGGCGGUAGCUCAAACAACGGUGGAGGAUCUCCCUAUGGUGGAAAUUCUCCGUACGGCGGACACUCACCAUACGGCGGACAAAACGGAGGCGGCUCACCGUACGGCGGCAACUCACCUUACGGCGGAAACUCACCUUACGGUGGAAACUCGCCAUACGGUGGCCAAAGUGGAGGAGGCUCACCCUAUGGAGGAAGUAGCAAUCCGUACGGAGGAAAUUCUCCCUACGGAGGGAGCUCGCCUUAUGGCGGAAGCUCGAACAGAGGGGGCAGCAAUCCUUACGGAGGUAAUAAUUCUGGAGGAUCUGGGUCUGGCGGGCGAGGUGGAAGUCCGCUCGACAGUAUCUUAAACACACUGAAUAAAUACGCAAACGGCGGUGGCGGUAGCUCCGGUGGUAGCGGCAGCCACGGUACCAGUGGGUCAGGAGGCAGCGGUCUCUCCAGCAUCUUCGGAAACAUUCUCAACGACUUCUCUAAAAACGGUGGACUAAGUAAUUUCUUUAAUACCAACACACGGCCUAUUAUGGAAAACCCAAACUACCACUCAUACAGCUCUAAUUCGAGGAAUUCUAACCCGCGAACUUAUCCAUCAGACCAGGCGCAAGGCCAAUCGACGUACAAGAACUACGGGCAUAAUCAAAAUCAGGCGCGUGGCGCGGCCACCACGCAAAAGCCUGUGUCCUACGGCUGGAAUAUCGGUGUGACAGUGGUUAUGACGUACCUGAUACAACAAUACAUCCAGAGUAUAAUACGGCAUUCGAUAACAAUAUAGUGUGAUAUAUAUCUUUGUUUGUUGUUGUUUGUUGUUUCAGAAUUUUAAGUGUAUAAUAUGUUGCCCAAGUGAAACCGCCCAUUGUUCGCCCAAUAUUAUGUUAUUGCAAUAUCGAUUUUUCGCUAAAUUACACGCGAGAUUGUAGUGUUUACACAAAAUUGUUUGUGUAUACAUGAUGAUAUAAUAUUGAUGAUUUAACAAACACGGGUGUUUUUUAUUUUUAACAAGGUGCUUUUUUUCUUAGUAUUGAUCUUAAUAGAGCUGGUGUUGAUGCACACUGUACUAAAUAGGCCUACUUGCGUGCUAUUAGAAAACGAAUAGGUACUACUGUACAAAAACAUCGUGACUUUUUAUAUGGAACAUGCAAUUGUAGUUACCAUAGUUGUUCACUUGCCAAGUUACCUCUUAUAUUUCCAACAUAAAAGCCUUUAUAUUGUAAUUUAUUUUUAUGUAACUUAACCGUAUACAAGUAAAACUAUACAAAUUUUCAAUGACAAGAUAACUUUAUUUGUAAUUUUUAAAAUUAGAGUAGUUAUAGUUCGUAUUUUAUUAUUCCUUAAAAAAAAAUUGAGAUUAUAUGUAAAAUGUAAUCAUACAAUAUUCCACCUAAUAAUUAUUGUUAAUUUUGUUCUAUAUCGUAAAACAUGAGCAAUGUAAUAUAAUUUUUCGAAUAUAUAAAAAAAACUGUACUUCUUAUGAGAUUUCUAAUACAAGCUAAUCUAAAAAAUCUGCACUUCUUAUGAGCUUUUAUUUCGUAUGUACAACUUAACCUAA